AGAAAACCACCUUUCUCUCGUUCGAAAAUGGACUCGAGACUCCAUAGGCGUACCACUGUAGGACCCUUUCGAGCAUUCAACAUCCCACCUUCAUUGCAAGUAGAAUGGGAAAAAAUACGUGGUGUGAGUCAUGGACGGCCUCCGAUCGAAUUUGUUGAAAAGAAAACGAGAACACGGAUUUUACUUAAAACCAAGUUGCAAUGGAUUUUAUUAUUCAGAUUUACUGGGCCUUUUAGGCGCAAUAUAAAGUAUUGAAAGUGCGGAAGAUUUUUAACGACUUGGGCAUUGGGUUACAACUGUGGGUUUAGAAAACUGAAUGACGAAUUGAGGACCUUUUCAAGUACAAAAUGGAUUAUAGCAGUGUUGGUGGAAGUAGUAACGAGACAAUUAAAAUGUCUGAUUCUUUAGACACCGAAGAGGUGGAGAAAAAAUUGGCUUUACUUCUGGAUGAAGGGUCUAAAAUGCCAGCAGAUAAAGAAUUCUUAACAAUUGAGGUACCUGAUUACUUCGAUGAAAAAAAAUUCCAAUUGGGUCAAGAUGUCUUCAAGAAAAAUAUAUUUACCAUGAUGAUUGCCAAGUUGUCAGGGUUAUUGGUAUUACUGGCUGUACCUUCAGUUCUUGAUAUUCUCUGUUUUACCAAACAGAGUGGAACUCCAUGUGCUGCAUUUCGUCGAUAUGCUGCUACUAUAUUACAUACAUGCAUUUGGUAUAGGAGUAUACCAAAUCAAGAUGUUGAGUAAGUGAAUUUAUUGCUAAAUAUUUCAAAAACUUAAUGAAUGAUGUACACUAAAGGUUGAAAUGAAACAAUA